UCGGAGUCGGUGCCCUCUGUGAGUAGCUGGUAGUCUGUGGCCGAUUAUUCCUGUGAAGAGGACGCAGCCAGAGACACCCCCUUCGCCGCCCUUUUUCGGCAGCUUCCGCCACCCCAGCUCUCUCAGGGCGGCCUAACGGCAUGUCAGGGGAGGACAGUCAUGGCAACAAGUCAGCCCAGGACAAUGGAGUCAAGAAACACAGAAUGUCGCUACCAGCUCCCAUGUUCUCGCGGAACGACAUCAGCAUCUGGAGUAUCCUAAAAAAGUGCAUCGGCAUGGAGUUGUCAAAGAUUGCCAUGCCAGUGAUAUUUAAUGAGCCCCUGAGCUUCCUGCAGCGGCUGACAGAAUACAUGGAGCACACCUACCUCCUCCAUCAGGCCAAUACCUCAACAGACUCUGUUGAGAGGAUGAAGUGUGUUGCAGCGUUUGCUGUGUCGGCUGUUGCAUCGCAGUGGGAGAGAACCGGGAAGCCUUUCAACCCGCUGCUGGGGGAAACAUACGAGCUGAUCAGAGAGGAUUUGGGUUUCAGGUGGGUGUCAGAGCAAGUAAGCCAUCAUCCUCCUGUCAGUGCCUUUCACGCCGAGGGCCUCAAAGAGGAUUUUGUCUUCCAUGGUUCAAUUUACCCCAAACUCAAGUUUUGGGGAAAGAGCAUAGAAGCAGAACCAAAGGGAAUCAUUACGCUGGAGCUGCCCAUAUAUAAUGAAGCAUACACCUGGACAAACCCCACCUGCUGUGUUCACAACAUCAUUGUGGGUCAGCUUUGGCUUGAGCAGUACGGCACCAUGGAUGUGAUCAAUCACAAGACCGGAGAGAGAUGCAGCAUGACGUUCAAACCCUGCGGCCUCUUUGGAAAAGAGCUCCAUAAAGUGGAGGGAUACAUUCUGGAUAAGAGUAAAAAGAAGCAGUGUGCAAUAUACGGGAAAUGGACUGAAUGUCUGUACACAGUAGAACCCGCUGCCUUCGAUGCCCACAAGAAGGCAGACAAAAAGAAUGCUAGUGAGGAGAAAAGGGGCAGCAAACCGCGGAACAGUGUAGAUGAGGAGCCAGAAGAGAUGCCUCCACCAGAUGCAGAGACUGUCCAGGUUAUCCCAGGCAGCGAGCUCAUCUGGAAGAUCUCACCUCGACCAGACAACUCCGCCAUGUUCUAUGCCUUCUCCACAUUCACCAUGCGGCUAAACGAGUUGGACAAAACCAUGGAGAAAGUCCUUCCCCCAACAGACAGUCGCCUCAGACCUGACAUUCGCGCCAUGGAGAAUGGAGAUAUUGACACGGCUAGUGCUGAGAAGAAGAGGCUCGAGGAAAAACAGAGGAUGGCUCGGAAGAAUCGCACCAAAUCUACGGAGGAAUGGAAGACGAGGUGGUUCAGUCAAGGACCAAACCCUCACAACAAAGCUCAGGACUGGAUCUACUUGAAAGGUUACUGGGACAGGAACUACACUCAGCUGCCUGACAUCUACUAAUAAGUGGAAACACACCCACUCUGUGGAAACAUUGUACCACCUUUGGACUUAUUCUGCUGCACGUGAGUUGAUGACCCUUUGGGAACCUUUAAAGAUGUUCGGUGAUGGAGUGUAGGUUGGAGAUAAAUUUUUAAAAAGCCAUACGGGCUGUGAAACGCUGAAUGAACCUCAAAAAGCAGUAGUCUGUGUGAACAAUAAAGCACAAAAAAAAUAUUUUGCUUAUUUAUUGUAGCUAUGGACCAGUAAAUGUGGUAAAUAUAGAAUGUACAUUACAGAUAUUUCAUGUUUGAUAGCUGGAGUAUUGAAUCUAUUUUUAAAGUCUUUUGUCUUAUUGUAAUUUGGCCAUGAAUCCUAAAAGUUAUAAAAAUCAUUCAUCUAUGUGACAGCACUAUUUGAGGUACUGUGGAGCAUGUGCAUCAGUUGUGGGACACACCCUAUG